AUGGCGGAAAAUCAACAGAAAUCAAAUGAAACCUUGCGAGUAGCUGAAAAUGGCUACAAAAAGGCCAAGGAAUCCGGGGCGUCUGCUUGCAUGAUGCAAAAGAACCGGCUAGUCAUGGACUUGGUGCAGCAGGUUGUUAUGCCACGGCAAAAGUAUGUUGCUGAUAAGGCUGGAGCUGCCAAGGUCACUGCCCUUCAGGCAGGUGCACAAGCCAAAGACGCGGUUGUUCAUGGAAUUCUGAUUGGAUCUGAAUAUGUUGUGGACAAGGCUGGAGUUGCGAAGGACACUACUCUCGAGAAAGGCUAUGUUGGGCAGAAAGGUGUCGAGGCAAAAGACGCGACUAUUGGAACAGGAAAGAAUGAAGUAGGCUAUGUCGGGCAGAAAGGCGUCGAGGAUAAAGACGCGACCCUAGAAGUAGGGAAAAGCGCAGUAGGGUAUGCAGGGGAAGCAGCUAGGACCGCGAAGGAUAUGGCUGAAGUGGGUGCAUUAGGUGAUGCACAUUAUACAGCAAAAGGAGCAGCUGCGGCUACAAAAGCCUCAGCUGGUGCUGUUUCUAGUGCUGCAGGGUAUGCCGGGGACAAGGUGGUCGCAGCAAAGGAUGCUGUUGCGGGUGCUGGAAAGAGUGCUCUGGGGUAUGCAAGGACAAAUUGGCUGCUGCAAAAGAUUAUGUAG